AUGAAUACUCCGAAACAUCCACGACUCAGUAUUCUAGCUACAACAAGAAGUGGUCAUGAAUCACCAUUAUUGCGAAGAUCGGUUCUUAAUACACCAAAUUCAUCAAAUACGAUAAAUGUAACCAAUCCAAAUUUAAGUCGAAUACAAGCGCAAAACGAUGAUGAAGAUGAAAGAAGAAGGUCGAGAACUUUCAAUACAAGUAUUACUGAAAGUGAUACUUCAACAAAUCUCAAUGAAGCUGCUGAUUCCUUAAAUAAUUGUUUGAAACUUUUCGCCGAAAAUAAAAUCAACAAGGAUAAUGCUUGGAGCCUCAAUAUUAUUGAUUCCUUUGCCAAGCUCAUCACAAAGCAUCAUAAUUUACUUUCAAAUUUCCAAGUGGCUGGUACAACGCUUGAAGCUUCAGCGAAAGUUUAUGGUUUGCGAGUUGACUCGGUUUAUAACGAUGUUUGUAGAAUGAGUCAGGAUUUAGCGAGACAAACUGCAAAAGCUUUAACAAAGAAGAAACGAGACGAUGAUGAAGAAGAGGAUUUCGAAAAUAACACUGCCGAAAAAGAAAAUCUCAAUGCUUCAAAUCAGCCAAAAGAACAACCGAAAAUUAAAAAAACUCGCAAAAAGAAAAACGUCAGCACAAUUACAAAGAAUCCGGAAUGCCUCAAUGCUCGUCUUGACACAAUUCCAUUAACAGAUCCAUUCUUCGCAAAGCUGAACUCUGUCAUCGGCGACACAACCAGCUCAAAGCGUCUCAUGCAGAACAUAAUUCCAACAGAAGAUGCUAAACUGAAAUUACGACAAAAUAUUCCUUUUUGGAACUCGAAAGAUCAACCCAAUAUUGACUUUGAACAGCCCAUUCGUUUUUCAACUUCAGAUCCUUUACGUCCAAUUAUCGAUGUUUGUUUGCCAAACUAUCGCAUUGAAAAUGUUGCACCUUUAGUCAUUCGCUCAGGUCUUUCAAAUUAUCAAAUUUCAAAUCUUCCGCUGGAAAAUAACGAAGACAGUGAUUUGAGUCAAUCUCGUUAUAAUGACAUGCUUAACAGCACAACUCAUAAUCAUUCAACGCAUAUGGAGUUGGCAUUUGACAUCAAUGCAGCUGUGGAGCCAGUUUCUCUCGAACGGUCGGUUGUGAUGGAUUAUGGUGACAUGGAUCAAGGCGACUUCGAAGAUUUAAACGAGAUGGAUAUGGUGGCUGUUGAUCGAUGUAAAGGACUUAAAAGACAGCCAAUCGUGAUUGAAGACAUGCAACCAGAAACCGCCACAAGUCUUGAAUAUUCCUAUCGACCACUUGACAUGUUUGAUCAGUUUUGGGCUGGACCUUCUCAUUGGAAGGUGAGACAAAGUCGACGAACACAAAUGAGCAUGGGAAUUCGUGCAAGUUGUUUUAAAGGACGAAAUACUGAGCAAUGUGUGACAGAUGCACAACAAAAGAAAGUGACAAGAAAACGAAAAAUUGUUAAAACGAUGGAAGUGACAUUUGAAGAUAUCCGAAAUUUCAAUGAUGUCACUAACGAAUUAAUAGAAAUCAAAUCUAAAAUGAAGAAAAGCCAAUUAACCACAGCAGCACUUAUCAAGAAAUUUGAUCCCAAGAAAUUUAAAUUACCUUUGGAUUACAAAAUUCCAUUUGAUAUUUUUGAUAAGCUCAACCACGCGACAUCACUUCAGAUCAAUUCAAAUCGUGACGUUACAUUCACUGGAAACGACGAUGGUUCGCCACAUUAUGAUUACAAUAAUGAGAAUGAUCGUAACUAUUGCAGUCGUCUUGCUGAUAUUCAAUCGGAUACUGAAACUGAGACCAACACUGACAUGGGACAAAUGGAUAAUAAUUUGGAGUUCGAUAAUGUUGACAUGCCACCACCAACAGCGCCAGUUGAUGAGAUUUCAGAUGUUUUCGUUGGUGCACCACAAAAAAUCGAUAAAAUCGAUAUUGCUUUUGCAAGACGAGCGAAAGUUAUUGAUAUGAAGCAGUUGAAAGCCUGCACUUGGUCGUUGCUGAACAACAAACAUAAUUUAGAUCCAACACAUAAUCCAAAGUUCUCAGAAACAGUGAAAGAAUUACCGAAAGUUUUGAGUCGAAAUAUGGCAGAAAAUAUGAGCACUUCACUUGCUUUUUAUGCUACACUUCAUUUAUGCAAUGACAAAGGUCUUGAACUUCAUCAGCCGGAAUACAAUUUGCGAGAUUUUGAGAUAGAAUUUGCAUCAUAAAAAGAUUAGCAUAAGUUUUACUUCAUUUCUUAACUAUAAAUAUGUGCAUAAAAAUUCCUUUCUUCAUUUAUUUCUGUCUAAUAAAAUAACUAUUUUUUAUUCUAUAUUUUAAUUUUUCAUUUCAUGAUUUGUGCAAUGAAUUUUACAUAAGCACAAAAUGUUUUCUUAUUAAUAAAUGACGAUGAUAAUAAAUAAAUAAAAUAUUUCCAUUCAACAACA